AUGCCAAAUUUCAAAGAGUUGUUUACGAUAUACUCAAUAUAUGGACUGUCUGAAAGUACAGCUAGUGCCUUCCAAUCAUUGGAAGAUGAUGAUGAACUUAGAUCUACUUCAACAGUAGGACCUCUACAAGAACAUUUAGAAGCCAAAGUAAUAGAUGAGAAAGGUCAAAUUGUACCCAUUGGUGUACCUGGCGAAUUGUGUAUACGAGGUUAUUCGACGUUAUUGGAGUAUUAUGGAGAUGAAGAAAAAACUAAAGAAGUUAAAGGAUAUGAUGGAUGGCUGAGAACAGGGGAUCAGUUUAUUUUUACUGAGGAUGGUUAUGGGGUGGUUGUGGGCAGAUUCAAAGAAAUGAUAAUUCGAGGAGGUGAAAAUAUUUAUCCUAAAGAAAUUGAAGAUUAUUUGAAUACCCAUCCAGAUAUUUUGGAAUCACAUGUGAUUGGCCUACCGCAUGCAAGAUUAGGAGAAGAGGUAUGCGUCUGUUUAAGGACCAAAAAUGGGCAAGAAUUUACUGUGAAAGAUAUUCAAGACUUCUGCCGAGGAAAAUUAGCAAAGUUCAAAAUACCAAGUAUCGUAAAAAUGGUUGAUUCCUUUCCAACGACAACUUCGGGUAAAGUCCAGAAAUAUAAAUUAGUUCAACUUUUGUUGGAUAAUAAAAAGUAAAAAGGAA